UCAGUUUCUUUCCUACUGAAGAGUUGUAGGGUUUUAUGAAGCAUUAUAAUUAAAUUAAUUAUCAUGGGCAAAUACCAACAAAUAGGGGAUCUAUGAAGGAGUAAUUGAUGAUCCAUAUGGUGAAUUUUUUAUCUCCGAGAACAAGUCUCUUCAAAAGGAGAGCCUUACUCAAGAUAAUGAUGCUAAGUAUUGGAGGCAGCGCUAUAGUCUUAAGAAGGACAUUCCUAGCUUCCUUGCAAAUAUUGCUGGUACAAUAUUGACUACGGGAAAAUAUCUAAAUGUCAUGAGAGAAUGUGGGUACAAUGUUCAGGUGCCUGUGUCUGAAAAUUCUAAGUUAAUGACUUUUGGGUCCAACCAUCAUACCUUGAGUGUGUAAAAGCUGCUUAUGAAUUUGCCAGUGGUGAGCUCUUAAGUCUUAUCAAAGAAAAGUACGAUCUAAUAGGAAAGUUGCGGUCUAUAAAGCACUAUCUUUUUCUUGACCAGGGUGAUUUUUUGGUUCAUUUUAUGGAUAUAGCUCGAGAGGAGCUCUUGAAAAAGCAUGAUGAGAUUUCUGUGGAGAAACUGCAGUCUCUGCUGGAUCUAGCUUUGCGUACCACAGCUGCUGCAGCAGAUCCUUGUCAUGAGGACUUAUCAUGCUGUGUGGAGAGAUCUUCUGUUCUCAAAGGUUUGAGCAGAUUGAAGGAUCUUGACAUCAAGAAUGUUUGUCAUAGUAAUGAUCUCGAGGAGCCAAUAAGCAUUACUGGUCUUGAGACAUUUUCCUUGAGCUAUAAGAUUCAGUGGCCACUAUCUAUUGUCAUAUCAAGAAAAGCUUUAACAAAAUAUCAGUUGAUUUUUCGCUUCCUUUUUCAUUGUAAGCAUGUGGAACGCCAGCUUUGUGGGGCUUGGCAAAUGCAUCAAGGAGUUCGUGCUCUCAAUUAUGGUGGGACUGCUAUCUCUAGAUCAUCUCUCCUCUGUCGUAGCAUGCUGAGAUUUAUUAACAGUCUUCUGCAUUAUCUAACAUUUGAGGUUCUUGAACCCAAUUGGCAUGUGAUGCAUGGUAGACUCCAGACUGCAAAAAGCAUUGAUGAGGUUAUCCAGCAUCAUGAUUUUUUCCUCAAUAAGUGUCUGAAAGAAUGCUUACUUCUUUUGCCUGAAUUGAUAAAGAAAGUGGAGAAGUUGAAAUCAUUAUGCCUACAAUAUGCAGCAGCAACACAAUGGUUAAUUUCAUCGUCUAUCGAUAUUCCCAAGUUAGAUGAGCAGUGCGAUGGUUCUGGUGCGUCAGAAAAGAAGCAGUGGAAAACAAAGAAUCCAUCUCAGGCUCUAAAAGUCAUGACUAGAAACUCUGCAGUUACUGAUUCCAUUCUUAAAUUCGAGAGUGAAUUUAAUGCGGAGCUCCAGAGUCUCAAACCAAUUUUGAGCAGCAGUUCUCAAGUAGAACCAUAUUUGACACAUCUUGCAAAGUGGCUACUUGGUGUUGGAAAUGAUCAUUAAGUUCAAAAUUUGUUAGUCUUGUAAAUUCAUUACAAGAUUAUACAGUUAUAAGAAAUGCGAAUCUCUUUAGCCAUGCAUGCCUUCUAUGAUAAAUGUGCUUUAGGGUAGGGAUUAUUGUGUGUUGUGAUUUUACUGUAUCUUUGGUUUGUCUAUAUCCUGCAUCUCAUUCUUCAUUACGGGUAUGGCCGAGGGUGACGGACUCGCAAAUGUUAAUGAUAAGUGAGAUGCAGGAUGUAUGUUCUGAAUCUUGUACUUGUAUGGUUAACAAGGCAUUUUUUUAGGUCUCUAAUUUGACAAAACAGAUGAGUGUAUAUUAAACAAACUGUACCAUGUUGUAAACUUGAGUCAUGGACGAUGCAUUUGAGGCCGGGUGUUGUGAUUUCCUCUUAUUAUA